AUGCUUAUUCAUGCACAGAUCAAGUGCGACGCAGCUGUACCACAGUGUAACUGGUGUAGUCACCACAAUAUCCCAUGUACAUUUGAGCGAGUCAUCCAUAAAAGACGAAAAGAUAAGACAAAUGCAAAUACCCAACAAAAAACUACCGGCCUGGCCGAGCGCAUCGACCGGAUAGAGAAACUCCUAACAGAUAGCCUGUUCAGAGAGCCCACGCCUAAUGUAUCUCCUAGCUCCUCUGGACCGAGUGGGUUUGGGAUAAAGUUGCCUGGGCCAUCUCACGGCCAAUCGUCCCUACCGUCUUCGGUGCCGCUUCAUUUUGCGGGACGAGAGUUGAGCGUUGUGAGCCAGCUUACAGGUAUCCCAUUCUUAUUACCCGAGGGCCAGGAAUGGGUUCAAUCGCGAACUGGGCAGAAAAUCGACGUCGACAAGCUAAGUCCUACGAGGCCUCCCUGGGAGAAACAACGUGCAUUGAAUUCACGUGCAAUGUUCAACGAUCUGCAGACGGGGGCUAUAUUUGAUCUUCCAGAUAGAACGGUCUUGGAGCUUCAUCUCGAAAGAUAUCGUGUAUCACUUAUGCAAAGCAUAUUUCCCAUCGUUGACCAAGAACUUUUCCAGGAGACCAUUGAUGCUGUCUACCAGAAACCCCAGCCCGAUUCGUGCUACGCAGAGUCAAGUUUAAGAGCGUGCAUCUUUGCUUUUCUGGCAUUCUCGUCUCUUAUCAUGAACCCUUGUAAUGAUGUGAACACACCGACACCGCCACCUGUUGACGGUGAGAGAUACUUUAUGAAAGCACAUCUUUUGGUACCCCAAAUUCUGCAAGGGACUCCAACACUGGAUGGCGUCCAGGCGAUUACAUCACUGGCCUUGUUCGAGCUAAUCACCGGUAGUCUGCAAUCCGCAAACUACUUUGGCACUCUUGCAGCACGCAUGUUAUUUAUGUUAGGUGCUCAUACUUCCUAUCCAGACGAAGCCGAAUCUCCAAUAAAAAAUGCCAGAGGCCAUCGCUCUCGAGUGCAACGGCAACUCAGAAUUAUCUUCUGGCUUUGCUUCACCAUCGAGAAAGAUGUCUGCAUCCGGAUUGGCCAACCUCAGAUGUUCACAGACGAAAACUGCGAUCUAACAUUACCACCCGGCUAUGUGGAACAGCUAUACGCAGACAUGCAGAUACACACUUGCACGGAGGACCUACGAACAAGCGAAAUAACAAGAUAUCCGUUAUUCCCUGUCGACCUCCGCCUGAGCAUCAUCAAGUCUCGCGCCUACAGCGCGCUCUACUCAUUCAAAGCCCUCAAGAAAACCGACGCGGAGCUUCUAAAAGACAUCCGCGAGCUCGACGACGAGCUAGAGCGCUGGCGAAUGUCCGUCCCCCUCGAAUGGCGACCAACCCUGUCCUUCUCCCAUGAAACCCCCGACCCAAACGUCAGCAUGCAUUCCGUCAUGCUACGCCUAAACUAUCACCUCUGCAUGACAAUCAUUCAUCAGGCCAGCAGCCGCUGCAAAUCCUGGGCCAAAGGCCAGGGCGGCAUGAUGGACGGCGUGAGUUCCAGUCUCGCGCUCUCCGUCGAAGCCAGUCGAUCGACCCUGCUCUACAUCGAAGCGGCGGAGCAUGUCCUCGUCGACGGCAUUUUCUGGACUCUAAUCUUCUACCCCAUGUCCGCCCUCCUCGCGAUCUUCUGCAACAUUCUCCAGAAUCCAUCCGACCCGCAGGCCACAAAGGAUGUGCGCCUCCUUCGAAUAGCAAUGGGUAUGAUGGAGCGGUUGUUCUCGCGACAGCCCUUCGCCGUCGCGGAGAUCGUGCAUAUCAAGCUCGUGGCUGAUUUCGUCUCCGAGUUGUAUAGACUUGCUACUUGUGCUAUUGAAAAGGCGUGGAAUGAGCGUUCUCGUUAG